UUGAGCCGAGAGAAAGCGGGCCAGUUGAUGCGUGCCACCAAGGGAAUGCACGCCAAUGCACGCUCGUUGCGGCAGCUGAUCGUCCGCGAGUUCUCCAUGAUGGUCUGGACUAGUUCAGAAAGUAAUUUGGAGUUCCGGAUAAGACAGAUAGGGUGUGUGUGUGUGUGUAUGUGUAUGUGUGUGUGUGUGUGAAUGUGUGUGUGUGUGUGUGUGUGAAUGUGUGUGUGUGUGUGUGUGUGUGUGUGGUGUCGUGUGGGUGUAUAUGUGCGUGAUUGCGUGUGCGUGUGUGUCUAGGCAAUGUUCACUUCCACACAAUCGACCAGCGAGUUACCAACUUUGAUUCGGAGCUGGAGAAAAUGAGGACGUUGUACAUGCGGGAGUUCAUGCAACGCAAGCAGCUCUUCAAUCAGAUCCAGGAGAUGCGCGGCAACAUUCGGGUGUUCUGCCGUUGUCGACAUGACAACAGCGCCCGGAGUGCCAUCACGUUCCCGAGUGACACGGAACUGCAGGUGGUGACGCAGCAAGGUCACGUCAAGAAGUUUGAAUUCGAGAAGGUCUUCCAGCCGACCAGCAAACAAACAGAUGUGUUUGAGGAUACAUUGCCCAUCAUCACCAGCUGUGUUGACGGUUAUAACGUGUGUCUGAUGGCAUACGGACAGACGGGCGCCGGAAAGACCUACACCAUGAUGGGAACAGACUCCGAUCCCGGCAUCAAUAUCAGAGCACUAACGGAGCUGCUCAAGACAUGCUCAGAGCGGAAGCAGAUCGACUAUACACUGAAAGUCUCUAUGUUAGAAGUGUACAAUGAAACACUGAUUGAUCUGCUGCGGGGUCCAGACGCCGGGGGAGUAUCCGUCCAUUCUAAACUAUCCAUACAGAAGAAAGGCAAAGGAAUCACAGUCCCUGGCUUGACAGAGGUGCAGGUCACUGCAGUGGCUGAUAUCAAGGGUCUGAUGGACUUUGGUGGACAGAACCGUACGGUUGCCAUGACAGCUAUGAACACAAGCAGCUCCCGUUCCCAUCUGAUGCUCAAGCUGUACGUUGAUGGAGUGGAUCGUGUAUCCAAGGCCACUACGCAUGGUAGUCUCAUGCUGCUGGACUUGGCCGGCUCUGAGAGAAUCUCCAGAAGUGGAGCCACUGGAGAGAGAUUGGUAGAGGCGGCCGCCAUCAACAAGUCCUUGUCUGCGCUUGGCCAGGUGUUCAAUGCAUUACGUACGUCCAGCCUGCACAUACCUUACCGUAAUUCCAAGCUCACACAUCUCCUCCAGCCCGCACUGGGUGGCGACGCCAAG